AUGGCUGGUCAUUCCCAUAGGUCCACUCUUAAGAAUAACCAUAAGCCCUUCAAGUCGAGACAUGCCUCAAAGGGCUCCUUGAAGGCAAGUUACAAGGGUAAAGUUGAGAAAUCGGAGACAGGAACUAAUAAGAAACUCAAGAUAACAACCAAACAGGAGAGAAAGAAUAUUGCUCAACAGUUACGACAAAAUAAAAUCCUUCAGACGUCUUUGGAAAGACAAUUGUUUGCUGGCUCCAAUGGUGCAGAGAAAGUUGUCACCAUCUUGGCAUUGGCAGAUGAUAUUGAUGGCGUCGAUAUUGCCAAUUUGCUGUUAGUAUCUCUUAAUGACUCCACAGCAAACUCUCAGGAUUUGAAAAUCACAGACCAGCCCAGCAUCAACUCCUUCAGAAUUGAACGUUUUAAAUCGAAUAUUAAAUUUGUUUUGCCAGACAUGUCCAACUUCCUUUCAGUGCUGGAUGCUUGUAAAGUUUCAGAUUUCAUUGUACUGGGCCUUUCUGCUACUGAAGAAGUUAGCCCUGAGUUUGGAGAACAAAUAAUCAGGGCAAUUGAAUUGCAAGGUAUUGCUUCGGUGCUUCCAGUCGUGUCAAACUUGGUCACAGCUUAUCCUAAGAAAAAUUUUCAACAAGAUGUCUUGAGAUCAUUGAAUUCCUAUAUCAAGCACUUCUUUCCGACACAAGAUAAGGUUUUCAAUCUGGAGGCUGUUACCGAAUCUUUGAAUGCCAUGAGAACUUUGUGUCAAAAAUUCCCCAAGUCAAUUACUUGGAGAGAUUCUAGAGGUUAUUUGUUGGCCAACAGACUAGAUUAUCACAACGGGUCGUUGGUGGUGGAAGGAACUGUCAGAGGUGUUGGUUUCAACAGUAAUAGAUUAGUGCAUCUUCCUGGGUUAGGGGAUUUUCAACUAGACCAUAUUGAAGUUUUACCAAAACCAGGUAGGAAACAGACAGAAGAUCAGGAAAUGUCAGAACAACAAAAUUUCUAUCCAUCUCCCGAAUCUCAAGAAAAUUUAGAAGAGAUCUCUCCUGAAGACCCCAACCUGGAGGAUGAAGAUAUGCAGGAUGUGGUAUCGGAAGAAGAAAAAGGUCCCGAACUUGGUGUUCGCUUGGAUGGGUAUGAGUACUUCGAAGAUGCCAGAGAUAAAGACAGUGUGCCUGUCAAUAUGCCAAAAAGUUUAUCCGAGUUUCAAUCGAGAUGGUAUUUGAAUGAUCAACUUGAUGAAAUUACUGAAGUUGAUGAACAGCUCUCUUCUGACGAGGUAGAGGGGGAGCAACAAAUGGAGGUAGAUAUUGACAUUGAUGAAGUGGACCAAGAGCAAUUUGAAGAGCUAGAUGCUGAAGAGGAAGCAAGACAGCUGCAGACAUAUAAGGAAAGAGAAAGACAAGAUCUAGAGUUCCCUGACGAAUUUGAACUACUUCCGAAUGUAAGCGCAAAGAAAACUCUAGAAAGAUACAGAGGUGUCAAAUCAUUGGCAAAUUGUGAUUGGGAUUACGAUGAAAAAGAUGAUUUGAAGCCUGAAGACUGGCACAGAUUACUAAGGAUCUCAAAUUUCACAGCUACAAAGAACAGAAUUCUCAAAGAGGCCAUCAAUGAAGCGGAAGUGAGGGCUGGCACGUUGGUACGAUUGUAUAUCAACGCACCGGAAGACGUUGUUUCUAAGAUUCCAAAUGUCGAAACGAAUACCUUUACUAUCUAUGCACUUUUAGAACAUGAACACAAAUUAGCCGUAUCCAACUUUAGCAUUCAAGCUUGGGAAGAAUAUGAUAAGCCCAUCCCAUCAAAGGACACCAUGAUUGUUCAGUAUGGUUUCAGAAGACAAGUUAUAGAACCAGUAUUCAGUGCGGCUUCGAACAACAGUAACAAUGUCCACAAGUAUGAAAGAUUUUUGCAUAAAGAAUCGGUAGCAGUGGCUACUGCCAUUGCACCCGUGAUGUUUCCAUCGACACCUGCAAUCUUUUUCAAGGAAGGCCCUGAAGGCCAAAUUGAACUGCUGGGACAAGGUACUUUCCUCAAUUGUGAUCACAGCCGUGUUCUUGCCAAAAGAAUUGUUCUUACAGGUGAGCCGUUUAAGAUGCACAAGAGAUUGGUUACUGUCCGUUACAUGUUUUUCAACCCUGAGGAUAUUAACUGGUUCAAAGCUAUCCCACUAUUUACAAAGAUGGGUCGUGCUGGUAUAAUCAAGGAAAGUCUCGGAACGCAUGGCUAUUUUAAGGCAACCUUUGACGGUAAGCUUAACGCACAGGACACCAUCGCCAUGGCAUUGUACAAAAGAAUGUGGCCUAAGAGGUCAACACUGGCAUCUAUAUAG